AAGUUGAGCACAUCCUCCGCAAGUGAGUUCAUUACCUUGUCAAGACAAUACGCUAUGAUCCAAAAGUUGAGCACGUCCUCCGCAAGUGAGUUCAUUACCUUGUCAAGACAAUACGCUAUGAUCCAAAAGUUGAGCACGUCCUCCGCAAGUGAGUUCAUUACCUUGUCAAGACAAUACGCCAUGAUCCAAAAGUUGAGCACGUCCUCCGCAAGUCAGUUCAUUACCGUGUCAAGGCAAUACGCUAUGAUCCAAAAGUUGAGCACGUCCUCCGCAAGUGAGUUCAUUACCUUGUCAAGACAAUACGCAAUGAUCCAAAAGUUGAGCACGUCCUCCGCAAGUGAGUUCAUUACCGUGUCAAGGCAAUACGCUAUGAUCCAAAAGUUGAGCACGUCCUCCGCAAGUGAGUUCAUUACCUUGUCAAGACGAUACGCUAUGAUCCAAAAGUUGAGCACGUCCUCCGCAAGUGAGUUCAUUACCGUGUCCAGGCAAUACGCUAUGAUCCAAAAGUUGAGCACAUCCUCCGCAAGUGAGUUCAUUACCUUGUCAAGACAAUACGCUAUGAUCCAAAAGUUGAGCACGUCCUCCGCAAGUGAGUUCAUUACCUUGUCAAGACAAUACGCCAUGAUCCAAAAGUUGAGCACAUCCUCCGCAAGUCAGUUCAUUACCGUGUCAAGGCAAUACGCUAUGAUCCAAAAGUUGAGCACGUCCUCCGCAAGUGAGUUCAUUACCUUGUCAAGGCAAUACGCUAUGAUCCAAAAGUUGAGCACGUCCUCCGCAAGUGAGUUCAUUACCUUGUCAAGACGAUACGCCAUGAUCCAAAAGUUGAGCACGUCCUCCGCAAGUGAGUUCAUUACCUGUUCAAGACGAUACGCCAUGAUCCAAAAGUUGAGCACGUCCUCCGCAAGUGAGUUCAUUACCUUGUCAAGACGAUACGCCAUGAUCCAAAAGUUGAGCACGUCCUCCGCAAGUGAGUUCAUUACCGUGUCAAGGCAAUACACUAUGAUCCAAAAGUUGAGCACGUCCUCCGCAAGUGAGUUCAUUACCGUGUCAAGGCAAUACGCCAUGAUCCAAAAGUUGAGCACGUCCUCCGCAAGUGAGUUCAUUACCGUGUCAAGGCAAUACGCUAUGAUCCAAAAGUUGAGCACGUCCUCCGCAAGUGAGUUCAUUACCUGUUCAAGACGAUACGCUAUGAUCCAAAAGUUGAGCACGUCCUCCGCAAGUGAGUUCAUUACCGUGUCAAGGCAAUACGCUAUGAUCCAAAAGUUGAGCACGUCCUCCGCAAGUGAGUUCAUUACCGUGUCAAGGCAAUACGCUAUGAUCCAAAAGUUGAGCACGUCCUCCGCAAGUGAGUUCAUUACCGUGUCAAGGCAAUACGCUAUGAUCCAAAAGUUGAGCACGUCCUCCGCAAGUGAGUUCAUUACCUGUUCAAGACGAUACGCUUUGUAUUUCCUUUUUAUUCUGUCUCUAUUCUAAACGGUUUAUCUUUAUUUUCCACACCAAACACACAGUUAGAGAGAUAACAAUAUUUCUCUCAGUAAAUUCUACAUUUGGUAUGAAAAACAGAAGAUUUUAAAGUAGAAAGUUUUUGAAUGACAACACAGCUUUUGUGUUUGCAUUUUUCCUUACCGUUUAUUUCAGAGAAAAUACCCUUUAUCAGCAAGUUUUGAAGGUUUGUCAAUGAACAUUGAAAGAACUGCUUACUUGCUUGUCAUGCACCUACAGAUAUAUAAUGCUCCUCUUUUAUUAAUGUUGUUUUAACACAAUAGAUACAUGUGCAAAGAGUCCACACAUGGUAGAGGUAUUUUGCUAUAAAAAAACUAAAUUCAUCCCCAAGACAAUUGUAUGUAGACUAUGAAGGAAUUCUUACAUACAUAUAUGUAAAUCAGAUGAAAUCAUAUUCAUAUGCUUUUGAUCCUCAGGAUUAGUCAAAAUUUAUUGGUUUUGGGGGUUUCUUAAAGUUCAAUGAAUAUAUUUUAUAUUGUUGUCGGCAACUUUUAAUUGUACUUAAGAUGUGAAUAUUGUCUGCACUUCAUGUGGCUCAAAUAAACUGCUUAAAAUUGGUAUAAAUAGGAAUUGGCAGUAAUGUGAAAGGUAUUAUGCUGUAACAUAUUUGCUGAAAGCAAAUUCUAUACCUAAGAGAAACGAUUCAUCUGGAGUAUAAACCUAUUUAACAAGGGUUGUGACUAUUGUCUAUGUACAUUGUACCUGUUCACUUCAAUGUACGAGUAUUAAUCUAGAUACUUCUGUAUACUGUAUCUGUGUAUUACCCAAAGAGAUGCUUGUAAUAUAUCCUCUUUGUACGAUGCAAAUGUGUAAAAUGCUGCAUUAAUAUGUUUGUUAAUAUUUCAAAAUUGUAUUUGAUAGACGAGACACUGGUGUAUUUUAAUGCCUUAUUACCGUGUGAGUCAAAAAAAGUUUACACCUAGAAAAUUACUAAUUUGUUAAAAAUCAUCUAUGAACAGUA